ACAGCUGUUGUACAUGUCAAAGCAGAAGAAGCACACCUUCAACUCAAGGCUGAAGAGUGGCUUGAUGGACCCCAAGGCUAUGGUCCCAUUGAUUAUAGUGUUGAUGUGGAUGGAGUGGUGGUUGUGUUGGUCCAUAAAGCCAAGAAAGAAGAUUUCAAAAAAGGAACUGCCCAAAAUAUUGUGCAGAUGCAUA